AAAGUUGCUUCCAUUUAUCAGUAGCACGAUUUCUAGAGAUUGAUGGUCAUACUUAACCUUAAAAGUAUAUAAUGAAAUGUCAAAUUUAAAAAUUGUGUUUGUAGUAACGCAAUAAAUGCGCCCGCAAAAAGUUGACAUCCGAGCCAUAAUAAGGCUGUGUAGGGUUAGAAGCAGUUAGCAUUUGGAGAAAGGUCAAUUGACAAAGAAUAAGCACACGAUUAAGCAUUUAUCUUAAAGAUGACGGUUAUGGAUUUUUUUGGUUGUGCUUUCUUGGCUUUUGGACCUCCAUUAGCCAUGUUCACAUUUACUAUAGCUAAUGAUCCAAUAAAAAUUAUCAUAUUAAUUGCCAGUGCCUUUUUCUGGCUUAUUUCAUUACUUUUAUCAUCUGUGCUUUGGUAUGCUGUUGUUCCACUUCAAAAUCAUCUUGCAUUUGGAUUAGUAUUUUCUGUAUUAUUCCAAGAAACUUUCAGGUACCUUUUAUACUGGGUAUUACGUAAAGCUGAAAGAGGUUUAGAAAAAGUAACCACAACACACGUAGCUGAUAGCAGACAUAUAUUUGCAUAUGUUUGUGGCCUAGGUUUCGGUUUUAUGAGUGGAGCUUUUGCUCUGGUCAAUGUGUUAGCAGAUGCAAUUGGUCCUGGAACCAUGGGUAUCAGACAUGGUACAGAAUACUUCUUCAUCGUAUCAGCAUCCACCACUUUGUGCUUCAUUUUACUUCAUACGUUCUGGGGUGUUAUUUUCUUUGCUGCUAUUGAUAGGCAAAAAUGGGGACAAAUUGUAUGGGUCGUAGGAUCACAUUUGUUUGUUUCCUGCAUGACCCUAUUAAAUGUAAAACAAUUUUAUGCAAUCAGUCUUUCAUUUGCUUACAUUGUAUUAAUUAUUAAUGCGGCUUUUGCCUUUAAGGUCGCAGGUGGAAAGAUGCGAAAUAUAGCUCAGUGUUUUACAAAAAAUUAAGAGCUUAUGUAAGCACUUGGCUAAUAAGAUAUAGAUGUAAAGAACAAAUAUUUCAUUUUUUAUAAGAAUAAAAGUCUGGAUAUGAUACAUUUGAUUUCUUAAUAAAUAACUAACGAAACGGCUGUUUACAAAAAUGAGUACAAGUCAAUGAGAAAAAUGGAUAUGAAGUAAAAGUUAAUUCUAUGAUCUCUAGUUACUUAUUAGAUACUCGAAAAAAAAGCAUCGAAUAUCACAGCCAAAUUGUAAAUACACUACUACAUUAAAUUCUUUGAAAAUUUUUGUUGUAAGAACUAUUUUAAAUAAUCGGAUCUAUUUUACUUGGUACGCUCUAGCAUUAAGUUUUUUGGUAAAAUUGCUAGUCCGUCCCUUAAUCCAUUGAGACAAAUGAUAAUGCUGUAGUUAUUGUUCAAACUGCAAUACAGCAAAGACAAUGCUUUAAUUUAAAAUCUAGUUAUAUGACAUAGUGUACAGCAUAUUCAUUCAAGAAAAUUAAUAUCUAUAAUGUGUAUGAUUGUAUGAAUGUGUGUUUGUGUAUUUAAUAUGUAUGAUAUAAUGAUACAGAUUGCAAAAAUUUGCAAUCUGUUUAAAAAAAAAACUAUUACUUGAAUAUGAUAUACAAAAGACGCGAUAUAAAUAAGGAAUUGUUCAUUGAUUUUAUAUAUAAAAUAAUUUGUUAAAAAUGCAAUUUAGAUUAUUACUGGAUCAUGUUAUAUCUCGCAUCCUAAUUCAUUUACAACAUGUCAUAUCUCAGUAGUUUAUUAACCCACUCAUAUUACAUUUCAUAUAUUGUGUAAUUCAAAUAAAAACCAUUUUUGUACAAUCGCAGGUGCAUUGAUCUAUUCCUUACCAUCAUCUCGGAAAUCAAGUAAAUGUGUAAUGUAUAUAAAAUUCAUAAAAAUAUUAAGAUAUUUUUUGUAUACCACUGUCUUCCAGAAAAAAAAGAAAAAUAAGAAAAGAAAAAAAUUAACAUCAUUGUUAUUCUCAUUUUUUUAAUUAAUAAAAUAACAAAUCAAUUUAGUGUAUAAAAACCAUUUGCCAUUGCAUAUUACUAUUUGUCACUCAGAAGUUAGAGAUCAAAUUGCCAUGCAUACUUUUUGACUAUUAAUAUCACAACUAUAGUUCUUGGAUGCUUCAAUACACAAAUUAAUAACUUUUUAAUAUACAACAUCUAUAAUAACUUUUUACAUACGAACUAAGUAUAGUAUAGGAGAAUAUACUUAGAUUAAUAAGAAUUUGGUAGAACCUCUAUCUCAAUAUCGUAAAAUUAGGUAUUACAAAAAUAUUGACUUUAUAAAUACUAUACUUUUUGAAGAGCAGCACUCUGAGAAUUCUCUAUUCUUUUUUACAUCAUACAUAAAAAAUAUAACAAGUUGAUAUUCAAUAUUAUCUUACAAAGUCUGUUUAAUAAAAAGUCCACUGUAUCAACAUUAAAAAAUAAGUAUACUGAAAUUUAAAAUAUGUUACACCACUGCAAUUGUUUGAGAGAAGCUACUUUUAAAAACUUUUCAAUUAUUAACAUUAUCUUGCAUUUUCAGAAAUAGGAAUAUAUUGCAUCGAAAUCUACGAAGUAUAAUACUUUGUACAAUUGUUUAAAAUAAUAUGAUCUGUAUAUUUUGCACCCUGUGAAGUGUAGAACUACAAAUGAGUUCUUUUUUGUAUUACACGUCUAUGAACUACUUGUUAAGGAAGCCAUGAGCAAUUCCAUCUUAUUCAAAAAAUUUUUUCCUUCCAUCUUGUCCCAUCUUACUUCUUUAAAAGAACCACCUAAAUUUUCCCAUUUUCUUUCUCGCACUAAUUGUCCCGGAAAGAAAUCUUUUCUAGGAGAAUGUGCAAUUGCCACUUGUACUCCUGUUUGGGGUUCACAUCUUACAGCUAUCAUUCUGAAAUUAACAAAUACGAACCAUAUAACAAUUGUUAUUAGAAAUAAUUUCAGGAGUAUAUAAAUUGUAAAUUACCUGUCACCGAUUGGCGAAGCUAAAAUACAACUACUUGCAUUUCCUAAAGGCUCAACUGCACCUAAACCGAGAUGAGAACUAUUUCCCAGAAGUUGCCACCCCAUACACUUUGCUAAAGAUUGUACUGCCGUUAUUUGGUGCUGAUAUAUCUAAAGUAAUCGUAGUAUUAAAUUCAUUAUAUCAUUAAAUCUGUCUGUGCGUGUGGGUGUGUGUGUGUGUGGUAUAAUUCUACAUUGAUAAGUUGAGAUUAAUAAGUAAUAUUAAGAAACUAACCUGACAAAAAAUUAAAUCCCUUAAUUCCUGAGGUUCAUAACUCAUAUGCAUUACUCUGCCAUCUCUACAGACGCAUUUAAGUGAUUUUUCUCCUACAUGAACGAUCAACGAAGUACGAUAUAAACUGUCGUAUCCGUGUGUUAAUAUAUUAAUUUUAACACAUGACUGCGUAGGGGAAUUUAAUGCCAUCCAAUGAGAUACAAUUAAAGGAUCCUUAACUUCUUUUGCUAUUGUGUCCAGAACAUAUUCAGUACGUAAUCUCAUGAAAAAGUGUUGAGCUUGUUGAAUGAUUUGUUCUAGUAAUGUUUGACUCUUUGACAUUUCUAGAAGUUCAUAUCUAUCUGCCGCUGUUGGACCAGCCAAACAUCGGCGUUUACUAGGUCCAAGAGGACCCGAUGAAGGAUGAGGAAAUGGAUGAUGAGUAUUUUUAUGAUGUACUUCACGUAGCAAUUGAUGCAAGGAAUGUUCUAAUACAUGAUCAUGAUCAGUUUUGUGAGGUGGAGGGGCGGUUGGUUUUUUGUCAUUCCCAGUACUAUGACACAAACCUAUGAUCAGUUGAAUUCCUGGAAGCACCUGAUGCAACAAUAAAUUUUAUACAUUCCAUAAUCGAUUUUGUAAUUAAAUUAUUGUAAAGAA